CAAGAGGACGAAUGGGACCUAAAUGUCACCGCUGUCAGCACUGUGACAAGUCCUUCACUACGUCUGCAUAUUUAAAGAUCCAUCAGAGAGUUCACACAGGAGAGAAACUCCACAUCUGCGACCACUGUGGGAAAACUUUCACUCAGUCCCAUCAACUAAAAACCCAUCAGCGCAUUCACACAGGAGAGAAACCCUACACCUGCAACCAGUGUGGGAAUGCUUUUGCUCAGUUGACCACCUUAAAUGCCCACCAGCAUAUUCACACAGGAGAGAAACCCUACAGCUGCGACCUGUGUGACAAAGCUUUUUCCACUCGAGGUAAACUAGACGCUCACCAACACGUCCACACAGGAGUAAAACCGUACAAAUGUGACCUGUGUGGACUCUCUUUUACACAGCUGGGGCAUUUGAAAUCCCAUCAGCGCAUUCACACCGGAGAGAAACCGUACAGGUGUAACCUCUGUGGGAACGCUUUCGCCCGGCGAAGUGCCUUACAAGUCCACCGACGUAUUCACAGUGGAGAGAAACCGUACAGUUGCAACCAGUGCGACAGUGCUUUCACCACAUCGAGUUACCUGAAAAUCCAUCAGCGUAUUCACAGCGGAGAGAGACCUUACGGCUGUGACCAGUGUGAGAAAGCUUUCCUCACUCAAGAUAAACUAGUAAUCCACCAACGUGUUCACACAGGAGAAAAACCUUACGGGUGUGACCAGUGCGAUAAAGCUUUUAAAUCACUGGGUGAACUUAAAAUCCACCAGUGUAUUCACACAGGAGACAAGCCGUACUGGUGUGACCAGUGUGGGAAAGCUUUUCCUCAGAGCAGUAGACUUAAAGCUCACCAACGUACUCACACAGGAGAAAAACCAUACAGCUGUGACCAAUGUGACAAAGCUUUCAUCACUUUAGGGAACCUAGAAAUCCACCGACGCCUUCACAAUGGAGAGAAACCGUACUGGUGUGACCAGUGUGGGAAGACGUUUUCUCGGGGUUUUAACCUCAAAGUUCACAAACAAAUUCACUCCCGCCCCCCACCUUCCAAAAUUGCACCUUCGUCACAAACUGUAGCCAUGAGGCCACCAUCCUCUCCCCUCCAGGCAGCAGGGGAGGUCCUGGAAGAAGUGGGUCAGAGCCAGGGAAGCUUCCACCACCAGGACUCCCAGUCCACCAUCAGCACUCCAGUCCACCACCAGGACUACCAGUCCACCAUCAGCACUCCAGUCCACCACCAGGACUCCCAGUCCACCAUCAGCACUCCAGUCCACCACCAGGACUCCCAGUCCACCAUCAGCACUCCAGUCCACCACCAGGACUCCCAGUCCACCAUCAGCACUCUAGUCCACCACCAGUACUCCCAGUCCACCAUCAGCACUCCAGUCCACCACCAGGACUACCAGUCCACUAUCAGCACUCCAGUCCACCACCAGGACUCCCAGUCCACCACCAGCACUCUAGUCCACCACCAGGACUCCCAGUCCACCAUCAGCACUCCAGUCCACCACCAGGACUCCAAUUUUAUUUCACCAAAAUCAGAAGCCGAGGAGGGGCGAGACUCUCAGAUAUCGCGAGAGUCCCGCGGUCUCCUGGAUACUGGUCCCGGAGCAGCGGAGUCCUGCCUGGUCUCAGUGAGUAUCUGGUGGGUUUCAGAGUCCGGGACCAGGAGCAGGAUGGAGGAGGAGCAGCAGAACCCGGAGCCGCGGAGCAACAACGUCCCCAGAGGAGCCGCAGCAGGCUCGUCCUCUCAGGACCACAGAAGAAGAGGAGGAGGACUGAAGCGUUACCGCUGUCAGCACUGUGACAAAUCCUUCUCAACAUCUGGAUAUUUAAAUAUUCACCAGAGGGUUCACACAGGAGAGAAACCCUACAGCUGUGACCACUGUGGGAAAUCUUUCACAGAGUUAGGGACCUUAAAAAGUCAUCAACGCAUUCACACAGGAGAGAAACCUUACAGCUGCGAGCAGUGUGGGAAAUCUUUCACGGAGUCGGGGUCCUUGAGAAGCCAUCAGCGCAGUCACACAGGAGAGAAACCGUACCGUUGUGAACUGUGUGGGAAUUCUUUCACAAAGUUAGGGUCUUUAAAAGAUCAUAAGCGUAUUCACACAGGAGAGAAACCGUACAGCUGUGACCAGUGUGGGACUGCUUUUUCUCGCAAGAGUAACCUUAAAGCCCACCAACGCACUCACACAGGAGAGAAACGGUACAUGUGUGACCUUUGUGGGAAAACUUUUUCAUGCAUCAGUAAUUUUAAAACCCACCAACAUGUUCACAACAGACAGAAGACGCACCGCUGUGACUUCUGUGGGGCAACGUUUUCUUGGGAGAGUUCCUUACGAGUCCACAGACGAGUUCACAUAGGAGAGAAACCACACUGGUGUGAGUUUUGUGGGAAAACCUUUGCUGAGGGGAGUGUCUUACAAGUCCACCGACGUAUUCACACAGGAGAGAAGCCGUAUAACUGCUGCCAGUGCGGGAAAGGUUUCAUUUCAUCAGGCUCCUUGGUGAUUCAUCAACGUAUUCACACAGGAGAGCGUCCACACAGCUGUGACCUGUGUGGGAAAGCUUUCAUCACUGCACGUAGCUUAAAAAUUCACCAACGUGUUCACACGGGAGAAAGACCGUACAGCUGUGAACAAUGUGGGAAAAACUUUGCUUCGGGGAGUUACCUUAAAAUCCACAUGCGCACUCACACAGGAGAGAAACCGUACAGCUGUGAUCAGUGCGAGCAAGCUUUCAUGGAUCUACGCAGCUUACAAACCCACAGACGAGAUCACACAGGAGAGAGGCCGUACUGGUGUGACCAAUGUGGGAAAACUUUUGCCACGAAGAGUUACCUGAAAGCUCACGAAUACGUUCACACAGGAGAGAAGCCGUACAGCUGCGACAAAUGUGGGAAAGCUUUCAUCAUUUUAGGGCACCUGAAAGCUCAUCGUCGCACUCACACCGAAUCCGUCGACGCUUCCAGCUGCGUCUCCGUCAGCGCCGAGAGAUCUGAGCUGCGUCAAGACAUCAAGAGCUGCAACGUCCUCCGAUCACCCGAAACCGUCCAAUCAGCUGACCUGACGGAGCAAAGGACUCUGGGAGAGGAGGCGCGAGAGGACACAGAUCAGCAGCGGCUACAUCCAGGGGGCGGGGUUAGAACGCUCGGCUCGUUUCCAAUCGUCCAGCAGCCAAUCAUGUGCAGAGUAAGGCGGGACAUUCCUUCACCAUCCGGGGCUUCCAGCAGAGUCAGACUCCCAACGUGCGUCCGGUGGGUUUCAGAAUCCAGGACCGGGAUGGAGGAGGACCAGAUCCCGGAGCAGCGGAGAAGAAACGUCCCCAGAAGACCAGCAGCAGACCCGUGCUCUGAUCCCGCCGAUGUUCAGAAACAGAGAAGAGGAGACACAGGAGAGAAACUUCACAGCUGUGACCAAUGUGGGAAAACUUUCAAACGUAAAAAUCACCUAAACAACCAUCAAAGUGUUCACACAGGAGAGAAACGCCACAAGUGUAACCAGUGUGGGAAAGGUUUCGCCAGAGCAGGAACCUUAAAAAUCCACUACGGCAUUCACACAGGAGACAAACCCUACAGCUGUGACCACUGCGGAGCAGCUUUCCUGCACAGGUUUCACUUCAUAGCCCAUCAACGCAUUCACACAGGAGAGAAACCAUACAGCUGUGACCAGUGUGACAAAGUUUUCGCCACUCAAGGCAGCCUGAAAAACCACAAAUACAUUCACACAGGAGAGAAACGGCACGACUGUGACGAAUGUGGAGUGGCUUUCACGAGACGAAACACGCUGAUUCGUCACCAACGUAUUCACUCAGGAGAGAAACCGUAUUGGUGCGACUUCUGUGGGAAACAUUUUGCCCGGGCGAGCGCCUUACAAGUCCACCGCCGUACGCACACAGGAGAGAAACCGUACUGGUGUGAAGAGUGCGGGAAACAUUUCAUUUCAUCGAAUGAGCUUAAAAUCCAUCAGCGAGUUCACACAGGAGAGAAACCCUACAGCUGUGAUGAAUGUGGGAAAAGGUUUUCUCAGCGUGGCACCCUUACAGCCCAUCAACACAUUCACACGGCAUCGAUCUGAGCAUUUUUCAGAGUCAGGCUAGCUGUUUCAUCCCAAGGUCAUGAAAUUAGACAACUUUCCAGGCCCUGGGUUCAUACAGUCAUUAAAAGCCUGGAAAAGUCAUGGAAUAACUAAAUAAUAACAAAUGGUGUGUUCGGGGACUGUCAGUUUCUGACAGACAGUUUCUUUUUUUUUAUUUUAAGAAAACGUGGUUAUCUGGAGGGCGUGCUUUGUUUACUAGUCAGGAAAAAUCUUUG